GCUGCAGGCAGCGGGCUCCGGCUCCGGCUGAUCCCUGCCGGGCUUCCCCGGGGCUCGAGCCUGCCUCUUGCUCAACCCUCCUUCCUUCCCCCACCUGCAGCAGCCUCCGUGGAAGGGGUGACAUAGUUUGCAUUUUGCUGCAGAGGCUGGGGAAGGGGGAGGUGCGCCAGCCACCCACUGCUCCCUGCCACCGAGGCUCCGGGUUGUGACCCGCACUUCUCUUUGCAGGUUGCCACCACAUCGCUCCUCCGGGCUGGUCUCUCCCCGCCUCUCCCUCCCAGCUUGAGCCAUGGCCCCCACUCUGGCCACUGCCCACCGGAGGCGAUGGUGGAUGGCCUGCACCGCCGUGGUGGAAAAUCUCCUGUUCUCUGCGGUCCUCCUGGGCUGGGGGUCCCUGCUCAUCAUGCUCAAGUCCGAGGGUUUCUAUUCCUAUCUGUGCCAGGAGCCAGAAAACAUCACCAACAGCUCUGACCAGGCCCCGGAGGUGGAACAGGAAGAGGUGAGCUGGAUAAACGGCUGGAUCAGCUGUAAGGCCCAGGAUGAAAUGCUCAACUUGGCUUUUACCGUGGGCUCCUUCCUGCUCAGUGCCAUCACUCUGCCCCUGGGCAUCGUCAUGGACAAAUAUGGCCCCCGCAAGCUGCGCUUGCUUGGCAGCGCCUGCUUUUCCGUUUCUUGCUUGAUGAUCGCCUAUGGAGCCAGUAACCCAAAAUCCCUCUCUGUGCUCAUCUUCAUCUCCCUGUCUCUGAACGGCUUCGGUGGGAUGUGCAUGACCUUCACUUCGCUGACGCUGCCCAACAUGUUCGGUGACCUCCGGUCCACAUUCAUCGCCCUGAUGAUCGGCUCCUACGCCUCUUCCGCGGUGACUUUCCCAGCAGUCAAGGUGAUCUAUGACUUGGGAGUCUCCUUCAUCAUCAUCCUGGUGGUCUGGGCUGGCUGUGCCGGGCUGGUGUUCCUGAACUGCUUCUUAAACUGGCCCCUGGAGCCUUUCCCGGGACCAGAGGACAUGGACUACUCGGUGAAGAUCAAGUUCAGCUGGCUGGGCUUCGACCACAAGAUCACCGGGAAGCAGUUCUACAAGCAGGUGACCACAGUGGGCCGGCGGCUCAGUGUGGGCAGCUCCAUGAAGCAGUCCAAGGAGCAGUCGGCCCUGCAGGAGGGCAACAAGCUGUGUCUGUCCACCAUCGACCUGGAGGUGAAGUGUCAGCCCGACAACGCAGCGGCCCCCUCCUUCAUCCACAGCCUGUUCAGCCCCAUCCUCCUGCUCAGCCUGGUCACCAUGUGCGUCACUCAGCUCCGGCUCAUCUUCUACAUGGGCGCCAUGAACAACAUCCUCAAGUUCCUUGCGGACGGCAGCCAGGAGGCAGUGGGUCUUUACACGUCCAUCUUUGGCGGGCUGCAGCUGCUCUGCCUCCUGACGGCCCCCGUCAUUGGCUGCAUCAUGGACUGGAGGCUGAAGGAAUGUGACGAUGGCUCCGAAGAGGCCGAGGAGAAAGAUAGAGACCAGGGAGAGAAGAAGAAGAAGCGCGAUCGCCAGAUCCAGAAAAUCACCAACGCCAUGAGAGCGUUUGCCUUCACCAACCUCCUGCUCUUGGGCUUCGGGGUCACCUGUCUCAUUCACAAUCUGCCUCUACAGAUUCUCUCCUUCAUCCUGCACACGAUCGUCCGGGGCUUCAUCCACUCUGCCGUCGGGGGCCUCUACGCUGCUGUGUACCCCUCGACGCAGUUCGGCAGCCUGACGGGCCUCCAGUCCUUGGUCAGCGCGCUCUUCGCCCUCCUGCAGCAGCCUCUGUUCGUGGCCAUGAUGGGGCCCCUGGAGGGUGACCCGUUCUGGGUCAACGUGGGGCUCCUCGGGAUGAGCAUGCUGGGCUUCUGCCUGCCCCUUUACCUGAUCUACUACCGGAGGCAGCUGCAGAAGCAGCUGGAGCAGAAGAGAGAGGACGAGAAGCUCUUCCUCAAGAUCAACGGCACCCCCAACCAGGAGGCCUUCGUGUAGGCCGCGCUCCACUCCGCGUGCUCCGCCCCCCCGACCACGGCUGCCUUUGGCCCCAGAGCACAGGCCCCCGCCCCCCGCCUCUGCCCGCGUCCGCUCUGGCGUUCCCCAGGACUCUCCGCCGCUCGGACGCUGCGCCUGCGGCCCCCCCGCAGCCCUCCGGCCUCCCGGGAGCUGGCACGGGGCGCCGAGGGCCUGAGACGGCGGCCCCCGGCACUGGACCGCUCGCGCCCCCUCGGUGGGGCCGGCCCCCUGGGCUUCUCUGGCCGGGGCUGUCGGGGAGCCCCCCUCGCCUGCCUUCCGGCCCCUCCCCGUGCUCCGGACAGCACGCCGCCCAGGACGUGCCGUGGGGUCGGCGCCAGCCUCAUGCCCAGGGGCCUCUGUGCCAAGUUUGCCAAAUUCGGGGAGGGGGCUGUCCUCCCUGCCCCCAGGAGCCUGGCCAGCUGCUCCUGCUGCAUGCCCACAGACUGCCUGGACACGGAGGCCUUCAGUGCCCGCCCACGCCGCUCAGACCCGAGAUGCCAUCCUGGAUGCCCGUCCCCGAGGAAGCGGGCUGAGGAAGGAAGGACCCUCUCGUCCCUGUUGGUGCUAAGCCCUGGUGAUUCCUCUCUUGCCCACGUGCCCACCCUGCAGAGCCUCCCGUCCUGUAAUGUGGGCCCCUCGCCUGCGUCUUGCUGCGUCCCUGCUGGCCAGGCGGAGGGCAAAGGUCAGGGGCACCAGGCGAGCCCGACAGGUGGGCAGCCCUCCUCCUGGGGGGCGUGGGGGGCGGCCCCGGGCAGGGUCCGUGUUAGGGAGAGGAGAAUGAAGGGGGGUGCCUUCGGACUCCCAGGUUCUUGGGGGACGGGGAAGAAUCAUGCGUGGGGGUUUCGGAGUUAGGUGAGCGUGUGUUUGGGUGAGUGUGUGCCGGCCCGGAGUGCCCUGGGCUAGGCUGGGUGAGGUGCCAGGGCCAGGGACGCAGCUGCAGGCGCGCAGCGCCCCCUGGUGUUAGGCCCUCGUGUGAGGGUCCCCCUGGGCCUAGCCCGGCCCUCCCCUCCCCCUCCAUCUGUGGGGAGCCCUGGGGCUCAGUGGGGGCAGGGCAGCACCUGCCAGGUUUCCAAAGGACUUUUCUUGAGGCUUCCCAGUAGGUCUGACAGGGGCGCGGGCUUGGGAUCGUCGUCGUCGUUGGUUUCUUAUUUUAAAGUUUUCUCAACUUUUUUUUUUUUUUAUUGUAAAGCAAUAAAUCCAUCUUCCUCGUA